UGUUGCCCCAAAAUCUUUGAGUGCAUGCCUGGGUAUUCAAAAACAAUAUCUUCCAAGAAAGUUCAUGUGGAAUAUUUUGAACAAGUAUGACAAAGGAAUGCAUAGGUUCCAUCGAGCACAGCAUUAAAAUCAGGAAUAAAAAGGUCUGAAAGCAAUGUUUUGAGCUUAGAGAAGAAGUAUACAACAUAUUGAAGAAGUAGAGACAAGAAUCUCUGAAAAAGGAAGGGUAAUGCCUACUCUGAUCAAAUCUGCAGAGUCGGAAGUCAGGAAGAUGCUCAAAAGAAUGAAAAAUUAUGAACGCAUUAAUCUGAAAGAAGCAAAGACAAUGAAAAAAAAAGAUGAAAGAGUGGAGGCUAAAGCAUUUCUGGAGAAUGAGAUGCUGAUAGAUGUGGCCCAUAUGAGGAAACUGCAAAAAAAAUUUCAUACAAACAUCGCGAACCUGAGAUGGUGGAGAUGCCCAACUUCCAAUAAAAUAGGUGCUAAUAAAUUUUGGCCAUAAUUUAGAGAGGAUAUUUGUUGGUGCUCUCGUUCCUACCAAAAAUGCAGCUUCGAAACAUCAGAUUCUUUUUCUGAGUCUCAACCACACACUGCAGCAUUACUGGUGAUGUUAACAGUGUCCACAGGGCUUGAAAGAUGGUGGUGUAGAGUCUAAGUUAGGGGGGAGACUUCAGCCGAGAUUUGAAAAUCAGUGAUUUCUAUUGUUGAAUGGCUUCUGAACUUCCAUAGACCAUGGAAGAUCUUAUAACUUUCCAGAUUUCAGCCUCCUCUCCAGCUAGUCGCCGUUGCCAAAAGACACUGCCAGGCCUUUACCAACAGCACCAAAGGCUCCAACCUUGUUCCGGUGGAGGUUCAAUGGCUGCUGACAGCUUCUCUUCGCCAUCUGGAAGCUGAGAUUUGCCCUCGUUCCUGGAAUUUCCAAGGCUUUGGCUCAGGUCUGAGGGAGGUGGAGACUGCCUAGACUGAACUGAAAGUGUGGGUUUGACUGGUUUAGAGGAGCCUUGACGGUUUCGGAUGUUGGCUAGGAGGAGUUUCAGAGGAAGUAUCAGCUACGAUAAGUAAAACUUAUUAUUAUAUUCUUCAGAGGUUCGGUCAUUUAACCUCUCUAU